AUGGGUAUUACCGGUCUAUUGCCUCUUUUGAAAGAUGUAUCGGAGCAUAUUCAUAUCAAAAAGUAUAAAGGAAAAGUUUUGGGUGUUGAUGGCUAUGUUUGGUUACAUAGAGGUGCUUAUGGUUGCGCAGAAGCAUUAGCAUUGGGAAAGCCAACGACAAAAUACGUGGAAUAUGCAAUGUCACAAAUUCAUAUGUUAAUGCAUCAUGGAAUCAUACCUUACAUCGUCUUUGAUGGAGAUCGAUUACCCGCUAAAGCAAGAACGGAACACGAUAGACAUCAACGACGUGAAGAAUGUCUCGAGCAAGCUCGUAAGUAUGCCUUGGCAGGAAACCAAAAGGAGGCAAGGGAACAAUAUGCUCGAUGCGUAGAUGUGACGCCUACGAUGGCUUAUCAAUUGAUCAAACGAUUACGAGAAUCCAAAAUACAAUACAUCGUUGCACCGUACGAAGCAGACGCUCAGCUUGCCUAUUUGGAAAGACGCGGUGUAAUCGAUGGAAUCGUGACGGAAGAUUCGGAUCUUUUGGUUUUUGGUUGCAAGACUGUUCUAUACAAGCUUGACAGAGAAGGCAAUUGCGUUGAAUAUCUUCAUUCAAAUCGUCAAAAAUGCAAAAGUCUUGCAAUGCACUCUUUUGAUGAUUCAAUGUUUCGACAAAUGGCAAUCUUGAGCGGUUGUGAUUAUUUGCCUUCGAUACCAAAGAUGGGUUUGAAAACGGCCAAUCAAAUGUUACGACAAUAUGGAAGUGUUGCAAGAGUAUUGAAUGUCGCUUUAACGAUGGGAAUGCAAGUUCCAACAAAUUAUCGAGAACAAUUCGAAAGAGCGGAAAGGACAUUUGUUUAUCAACGUGUUUUC